UGCCCUGAAUGUCUGCAAAUACACAGAAGAGACAAAGGGCCAGUUUUGUAAAGGUAUAAAGACUCAAAUAGGAGCCGAGGUGCUUUUAAAAAUCCCACUAGGUGCCUAUCUUCAUCGUUAGGGGCCUAAAUACCUCUAAAAAUCUGGCCCAAAGUGCUAAGUGUUAGUGCAAUGUCUCUUGAUUCCAAGCAGGAGAGUUCUAGCAAAGCAUAUGUGUGUCUGUGUGUACUCUGUAUGGUCCUGGAGUUUGCAACAGCUCCUCUUCUUGGUGUGACUCUUAAUGGCCAGCUUUUUUUUUUUCUUCUGAAUGGGAAGGGACAUCUCAGCCCCGUGACGUUGCCAGCUCCUUCUGAUUUCAUUUUAAUGAAAUCAUGUCCAAAUGAAGGCUCCGCGGCUGGAGUUACGAUUCAGACCCCGUGAUCACUCAUUUUUAUAUAUACACAAGGGAGGGGGGGGAAGCGUUUCCAUAGAGAGAAAAAAUAUCGCAGCCCUCUUAAUAACAAUAAAAGAAAAGGCAGGAUACAGAAGUUCGGGCUAAUGUUCCUGAUAUAUUUCUCCUUACUCUGAGACGGCGGCUUGCAACAGUGAGCGCUCUCCCUCCUGAGCACAGCAUACUUACAGGGGGGAACCAUGUCGCCCACCCGACUCCUGCUGCUGCUCCUGAUCGUGUGCGCCGCGCGGACGGGCCUGUCCCUCAAGCUGUACAAAGCCGAGUCCCGCUUUCGCUGCCUCAACGCCGCCCUCUCGGAGGCCGAGAAGAGCCGCCCGGAGGAGAGCGCCCUCCUGGACAAGAGGAGUUUCGACUCCCUGCCCGGGAAGGAGGCUCCCUUUCAGCAGGAGGAAGAGGAGGAGGUGGGAAAGGAGAAACGGACGUUCGCAGGGGACGCCCGUUACAAAUACCUCUCGCAGGCGCAGCUCAAGGGGAAGAUGUACCAGAACCGGGCCAAGACCGACCGGCGCACCAAAUUCACCCUCUCCCUCGACGUGCCCACCAACAUCAUGAACAUCCUCUUCGACAUCGCCAAGGCCAAGAACUUGCGGGCAAAGGCCGCCGCCAACGCCCACUUGCUGGCUCAGAUCGGGCGGCGGAAGUGA